AUGCAAGGAAAAAAAGAUGAUUUUUUAAAUAAGUAUAAAAUACUUGUUCUUGGGGCGGGUGGGCUUGGAUGCGAGAUUUUAAAGAAUUUAGUUUUCUCUGGUUUUAAGCAUAUUUCAGUUAUUGACAUGGAUACUAUAGAUUUAUCUAAUUUAAACAGACAAUUUUUAUUUAGGUUUUCAGAUAUUGGAAAAUCAAAAGCAAUAUGUGCAGCAGAAUAUAUUAUGAAACGUAUGAAAGGAGUUUAUAUAACUCCAUAUCAUUGUAAAAUUCAGGAUAAAGAUGAAUCAUUUUAUAUGCAAUUUAAUAUUAUUAUUUCUGGACUUGAUAAUAUAGAAGGGCGAAGAUGGAUAAACUCUAUACUUGUUAAUAUGGUAGAUCCAGAGUCUCCAGAAUCUUUAAAACCAUUUAUAGAUGGUGCAACUGAAGGACUCAAAGGACAAGUACGUGUUAUAUUACCAACAAUUACUUCAUGUUAUGAAUGUUCUCUUGAUAUGUAUGGAAAAAAUACAACGUACCCUAUUUGUACUAUUAUUAAUACACCACGUUUACCAGAACAUUGUAUUCAAUGGGCAUUAAUUAUUGAAUGGCCUAGAAUAUUUCCUAACAAAUUAAUUGAUAAUGAUAAUCCUGAACACAUUAAAUGGAUCUAUGAAACGGCUAAAAAUAGGGCGAAUAAAUUUAAUAUUACAGGAGUAACAUUUUUUUUUACUCAAGGUGUUGUAAAAAACAUUAUUCCAGCUGUUGCAAGUUCGAAUGCAAUUAUAGCAGGAUUAUGCUGUAAUGAAGUAUUUAAAAUUGCGACUAUAUGUAACUCAUAUAUUGAUAAUUAUAUGAUGUAUACAGGAACUGAUUCUAUCUAUACUUAUACAUUUCAAUAUGAAAAAAAACCCGAUUGCCCAGUAUGCGGAUAUUUACCUACAAUCUAUGAAGUUAGUUCUAAGAUAACAUUAAAUGAGUUUAUUGAAGAACUUAUUAAAAGUCCAAACAUACAUAUAACAAAACCUUCAUUAAGGACAGCAUCAAAAAGUCUCUAUUUACAGGCGCCUUUAUGCUUAAAAGAGAUAACAAGACCUAAUUUAAACAAACUCUUAGAAGAAUUAGUUAACAAUGGUGAAGAAAUUUCGAUAACGGAUCCAGAUUUGCCUUUUACUCUGAACUUUAAAUUAAAAUAUAUUUAA